AAAGGAUUCAUGUUCACAGUCUCUGAUCUUAAGACUGGAGUUGUUUGCUACCAUCACGAUGACAGUGACUCUACAAAGGAUUUUGUGGUCUUUAGGAUUUUUGAUGGCCGACACAGUAUUCGUCACAAGUUUCCAAUCAACAUUCUGCCUAAAGAUGACAGUCCCCCUUUCCUUAUCAGCAAUGUUGUUAUUGAAGUGUAUGAAGGGCAGACAGUUUUGAUUCAAGGCUCCAUGCUUCAGGCUUCUGACGUGGACUCCAGUGAUGACUACAUAUUCUUUAAUUUGACCAAACCAUUGCAGGCUGGGGAAAUUAUGAAGAAACCAGGGCCAGAUCUCAUAGGAUAUCCUGUCACUGGCUUCUUUCAGAGAGAUCUGUUCAGUGGAAUAAUUUAUUAUCGGCACUUUGGAGGAGAAAUAUUUGAAGAUUCCCUGGAGUUUGUCCUUUGUGAUAGCCAUGACCCUCCCAAUCUCUCAGAGUCACAGGCAUGAAAAUUGAAGAUCUCUUGUAGAAUGUGGAGUUGAUGUCAAGACACCUGCAAUAUUUCCUAAAUGGGUGUUGAAAACCUUAAGAUUUUCCUCUAACUGCCAUUCCUAAAAAUUUAGGAUAGAACCUAAAAUCAAGCUAAGUUCUCUCCUGCAUGCAUAUCAUCAUCAAUAAAAAAAAUUCUUCAGACCAAAUUCCCUAUCUCAUUUAUAAAUCUCCAAUUCUUUUUAACACCUUUUCCUGUUUGAAAACUGUAGGAAGUUUGCAAACAGAUAUGAAUGAAGACUUUGAACUAAUCUUAAAGUUACAGAUCUUAAAAUGGUUUUUAUUGAUAGUAUUUGAUGGUUAAUUUGAUUAAAUUUAACUUUGUCUUGAAUUUAAAUGGACAUUCCCAACAUAUUCAUAAUUUAACUUGCUGGACUGCGUUGUAAUGUAGCACAGGACAGCACAGCACAGCAUUCUGGUUAUCAUAGAAUCAUAGAAAAUUAGUGUUGGAAGGGACCUUAGAUCAUCUACUCCAAACCCCUGCUCAAAGCAGGACCGUCCCCAACUAGAUCAUCCCAGCCAGGGCUUUGUUGAGCCAAUUGUAAAUUGGCUCUGCAGAGAAACUGGCUCUCAUUUUCAGGUUCAUUUUGAGAAAACAUAGCUUUUCUCCCAAAGAUGACAUCACUCGACACUAAUACAUUUAAUGUUUCUGUAAUGGUCAAUUUGGGGCAUUACAGAUCAAUUAUAGUCCAAUUAUUGGGGGCCCUAUUAUAGGCCAUCCCUGAGUAUAAAUUGAGUGUUAUGGUUCUUUUGUUUCUUUUGUUAUGGUUAAGGAAGUUUGACAUGAUAUGACAUGACAUGAACAAUCAGUCCGUUUAUUUUUACAUGUUAAUGAGUGAGCAUAAUUUGGUUAGUGCCCUCCUAUUGCUUAAAAAUGUUUGCUACCCAGCACUGCUGUUGUAACCGAUAGUAGCUAACUGGUGUAAAUUGUAAGGUCCUCAGACAAAUAAGAAAGAAAUACAUCUAGUAUAACUGUGUGCAUGCUGAAGGAAAAUAUAAAUUGAAAGAAGGAUUUCUACUUUUAAAUAUUUAUUUGAGAUGUUUUAAAAAUUAAUUAUAGAUACCCUACUGGUUCCCCUGUAGCAUGACGCUAUGGACACUCAAAGUAUUUAGGGCAUUUACAAAUAUUUUAGAAAACCUGCAAU